GGAGUUCACAUGAUUCUGCCUCAGCUCAGGAAUGGGUAGCUCCCAGCUGGGGAUUUUCUAGACGAGCUGGGAGGUUUUUUUCAGCAGGAUUGAGAGACGGAGAGUCCGUCCGUCCGUGUGCAGGACUGUCCAGGGACUGCCAAAUUGAGCUGUAGGAGCACAGCUGGUGGAGGUUUAAGGGUAGCGCCUAACCGGAUGGGCUGAAUCAAAGCCGACUUUUGCUAGGUUCUCUCACAGAGAACUCUCAGGGCAGCCAGGGGUGGGGUGGACCUCACUGUUGGCUCCCCACUUCCUCCUCAGCUGGCUGUGAACUUCUCCCUGCCUUCUUUUGCCUUCCCAGGAGGCUCUAGAAAAAGCCAGUGUGGGUAUGGGGCUGGAUAGUUUCCAAACAGACCCACUUGUGGGACAGAAAUCAAUUUAAUUGACCUGUUCUUAAAAGAAAUGAAAUAGAAGAGACAACACCAGUGUGACAAAAAAGCAUCAGGGGUCCACCUACCACCAAUGACCCUGAUACGGACGCAUCACCUUCUGUAAACAAGAUGGCAAGAGAGAGAUUGGCUCCAUCUCCAAGCCCAUGAGGAGCAAGGCCCCUUCUGGCUCAAAGAUGGGGAACAUCACUACAGAAAACUCCUCACUGCCUUGCCCCAUCGACCACACCAUCCACCAGACACUGGCCCCAGUGGUCUAUGUGACCGUGCUGGUGGUGGGCUUCCCGGCCAACUGCCUGUCCCUCUACUUCGGGUAUUUACAGAUCAAGGCGCGGAACGAGCUGGGAGUGUACCUGUGUAACCUGACCAUCGCAGACCUGUUCUACAUCUGUUCCCUCCCCUUCUGGCUGCAGUACGUCCUCCAGCACGACAACUGGUCCUACGGCGACCUAUCCUGCCAGGUAUGCGGCAUCCUCCUCUAUGAGAACAUUUACAUCAGCGUGGGCUUCCUCUGCUGCAUCUCCAUCGACCGCUACCUGGCCGUGGCGCACCCCUUCCGUUUCCACCAGUUCCGCACGCUGAAGGCAGCCGUGGGCGUCAGUGUGCUCAUCUGGGCCAAGGAGCUGCUAACCAGCAUCUACUUCCUCAACCACAAGGAGAUCAUCGAGGACGGGGACCAGCACCGCGUCUGCUUUGAGCAUUACCCUAUCCAGGCCUGGCAGCGCGGCAUCAACUACUACCGCUUCCUGGUGGGCUUUCUCUUCCCCAUCUGCCUGCUGCUGGCCUCCUACCAGGGCAUCCUGCGGGCCGUGCGGCGCAGCCACGGCACACAGAAGAGCCGCAAGGACCAGAUUCAGCGGCUGGUACUCAGCACGGUAGUCAUCUUCCUGGCUUGCUUCCUGCCCUACCACGUGCUGCUGCUGGUACGCAGCCUCUGGGAGAGCAGCUGUGAGUUCGCCAAGAGCGUCUUCAACGCCUAUCACUUCUCCCUCCUCCUCACCAGCUUCAACUGCGUGGCUGACCCGGUGCUGUACUGCUUUGUCAGUGAGACCACUCACAGGGACCUAGCCCGCCUCCGGGGAGCCUGCCUAGCCUUCCUUACCUGCUCUAGGACAAGCAGGGCCAGGGAGACCUACCCUCUGGGUGCCCCUGAGGCCUCUGGGAAAAGUGGGGCCCAGGGUGAGGAACCUGAAUUGUUAACCAAGCUCCACUCAGCCUUCCAGACCCCUAACUCACUGGGAGUAGGAGGGCCCCCCACAGUCGGGUUGGCCUAGCUUGAGUCACAUGUCUGUGAGGCUAAGUUAGGCCUGAGUUUUCACCCACAGGCCUUGUGGUCUGGAGCUUGCAUGGUGGCUGUCUCCCACUUUGCCACCUACAGGUGCCUCUCUCCUCAGGAAGGAAGCAUGGUCUUGGGCCACAGCCAGGUCCCUCUGGCCCCUGGAAGCCUGCUCUGUGUGCUGAGCCCAGGCAUUGCUGAGUGUGCAAUGAACCCUGUCUUCUCCCCGUUCUUGGUGGCUGCAUUCUUGGUGGCCACCUGGGCUACAGAUGGGAGGGAGUCAGAAUCAUCACUUCUAAGAGAUUUGCAAAGAGCAGCAGGCCUGGGGUGUGGAGAGGGGUGUAGGACCCUGCGUGCUCACCUGCCAAGCCUUCCAGUGGCCCUGUUGUCACAGAUACCAGCUCAGUUGUGCUGUGGUCUCGUGUGACACAGGAAGCCGUAUAGUCACCAUCAAUACUUGAGCUUGCUUCUAAACCAGUCUAGACCAGAGGGCUGGUUAAGGUGAAGAACAGGGGUGGGGUUGGGGCACGAAUACUGGUGGCCAGGGACGACAGCAGAGCAGCAGUCAGGGAAGAGGCCCCAGCACCAGACACGACUCACAGGGCUCGUGGAACAGGGCCCCAACCCUCAGGGCUGAUGACAAAUAAACUCCAGGGCUCCCUGGAGAGAUGCCAGGGGCCCUUCAAAACAUCAUACUAAAGCUUAAGAAGAAGACUUAGGCCUAAAGCUGUGUCCUUAGCCAAGUUCCUGGCACAGGCUUUUCCUAAUUAGCUUGUGUCCGGCUGGCCAACGUGCCAGACCUGAGAGCUUAAGGGGAAAGAGAGGGAGAGACAGAGAGAGAGAGAAAUAUAAAAAUGGCAGGGUGCCAAGACACUGAUACCAGGGUCAUGUGACUGCUGUCAGUAACUCCUACCCUUCUCCCCACGCACCAUAGAGCAUCCAGCAGCCUUUGAGAGGAGUCUGACAGUUUUCCAGAGUCCCUAGGUACAAUAAACUAACAUCACACAUACAAGAUCAUGUCUCGUGACCGCAGAUUUGGCUCAAGCUCCGUUUCAGUAUAGGAGAGUUGACAGAGAUGGCUGCAUGCCAGAAAGACCUACACCUGCCCCAGCCUAGGUCUGUUUGGGGCGACCAUAAAAGCUAAGUGUUCUGUGCCUCCUCAGCCCACAGUAUUUCCCCGUUUGAUCUGAAAUUCUGGAUUCCCACGGCUUGGACUGGAACAAGCUAAGCCCAGCUCCCCUUACUAAGGAGAGCUGUAUUUUUGUAUUGUCUUCUCUCUUAUGCCAAGUAUCCCUGUGUUGGACUGUGAGGUGGGUUUAUGUAGUGACAUCAGUCUGCAAAUAAAACAAAGUAACCAAUCACA